AUUUAAAAAGCUCCAUCACCUGUGACCCAAACCCUGCUAUUCAAUCUCUCUCUGCCUGACUCUUUUUAUAUAUUUUCAUUAACUGGUUUUCCGCUUUUUAUAUAACAAAACUCAAUAUUUUCCCAAUAUUUUGGAGCAAAAUUAGUACUAUAAUAUCAAAUUAUAUAGAGAGCGUCCGAUUUACCAGUGAUGCCGAUGGCGGCAGGUUUAGCAUCGUCAACUGAUCGAACUCCAGCUAUGGGGCCUGCGGGAGCGAUACCAUCACCACCGUUAGUGAUGAUGUCCGAUGCUUUCGCUAAAGACGCAAUCAUAGCCUGGUUUCGGGGCGAAUUUGCGGCGGCAAAUGCCAUAAUCGAUGCUCUAUGUGGACAUUUGGCGCAAGUGAAUGGCAGUGGACGAGAAGGAUCUGAUUACGACCAGGUUUUUGCGGCGAUUCAUCGGAGGAGGUUUAACUGGAUCUCGGUGUUGCAGAUGCAGAAGUACCACUCGAUUGCUGAGGUGUCUGUCGAGUUACGUAAAAUAACAGAGAAGAAAUUAGAAGAGAAGGAAGGUGGUGAUGAGAAGAAGAAGGUUGAUGAAAUUAAGGAAUGUUUAAUCAAUGAAAAAGUGUUAGAAAAUGACGAGAACGUUGCAGAGGGCGAGAAAAAGUUCGUAGUUGAAGAGGUAUCCGUAGUUGAGGAGGACGAUUCACCGAACAGCGAUGUCACAGAUUCAGGAUCUCAAGAAAUGCAGCCCACUCCUGAAAAUAUAGAGAUUUGUUCAAACCAUGAGGACUGUGAUGAAAGGCGUACUCAAAUUAAGUUGACGAAAGGAUUCACUGCUAAGGAGCAAGUGAAAGGGCAUAUGGUGAAUGUUGUGAAAGGAUUGAAGUUAUAUGAGAGCGUGUUCACAGAUUCAGAGCUUUCAAUGUUAACCGACUAUGUGAAUGAACUGCGGCUUGCUGGCCAAAAUGGAGAACUUUCAGGUGAGACCUUUGUUUUAUUCAACAAGCAGAUGAAGGGAAACAGGAGAGAGUUGAUUCAGUUUGGUGUACCAAUUUUUUCACACAUAAAAGAGGAAGCCAUAAGUAACAAUGAAUCGGGUAAUAUUGAGGCAAUUCCAGCUCUUCUUCGAUCAGUCAUUGAUCACCUAGUCCAGUGGCAACUAAUACCAGAGUACAAAAAACCAAAUGGUUGCAUCAUAAGCUUCUUUGAUGAGAGUGAAUAUUCACAACCUUUCCUGAAACCACCUCAUUUGGAUCAACCUAUCUCUACGCUUCUUCUGUCUGAAUCAACAAUGGCUUUUGGGCGUAGCCUUGUGAGUGAUAACGACGGGAACUAUAAAGGGCCACUCAUGCUUCCACUGAAAGAAGGGUCACUACUAGUAAUGAGAGGAAACAGUGCUGACACAGCAAGGCAUGUCAUGUGCCCAUCUCCUAACAGAAGAAUCAGCAUUACAUUCUUCAGAGUCCGACCAGACUCCAAUCAAAGCCAAUCGCCGCCAACUACUCCAACCAGUCCGCUGAAUGGUGCCAUGACUGUAUGGCAACCAGGCAUUGCAAGCCCAUGUCCUGUGGCAAAUGGAGCUUCCAGUGGCUAUGAGGCGAUGGAUGCAAUGCCCAAAUGGGGAGUACUUCAUGCCCCUAUGGUCAUGUUGGCUCCAGUGCGCCCUAUGCUGAUGAGUCCUAGAAGGAUGCCUCAUGGGGGCACCGGAGUUUUCUUGCCCUGGACAGUGGGAUCAAGAAAACCCUCAAAGCAUCUUCCACCGCGUGCUCAAAAGGGAAGAUUUCUGUCGUUACCUCAUGCAGUUGAAACUGCUGUAGCAGAUUCUACUUCUGAACCAGGCAACUAGUUUUGAAGGAAAAUCAGUUUGAAGUCAGCCCUCAGACUGAAGCUGAAGCAACUUUGGAUCCAAUUAUGUCUUCCUCUUGUUCACUAGAUGCUCUUAAGGAGCAUCUCUUAUUGUACAAACAGGGCUCAAAUGCCGCUAGAAGAGUUUGUUCUUUUAUUUUUCUCUUGUGCCUGUUUCCCUCAUUAAGUUGGGUUCUAAAGUGGGAUUGUGAAUUAGCUCUAAAUAGAAGGCGGAAUUUUGUAUUCAGUUAUUUAUAUCAAUCUUUUUUAUGGAA